ACAAAUCACUUGUUCACCUCUGACGUCGCCGGGGUGAGGUCAGAGGAUGCUGUCGUCGGCCGAGAAUCGGCGUAUCGGCCACCGGCGAGCUCGGGGCCCGACUAGUCUAGCCGCCCCCGUCCGGACACCGAGAGCGAGGCAGCCCGCGGCCGCGCGGCGGGACCUCGCAGCCACGGAAGGCGUCCCGCCGCGUCCACGCACCCCAUUCGUAUAACAAACCCGCGCGACCGGAGAACACCCCGCGCGGUGGCGUGCGGUCGGCCCCGGUGGAACCGAAGCCAAAAAUCCCUUGCCUUCCCCUCUCUCCCUCCCCCGCACCGCACCGCAUCGCAUCUCCGGCCACCUCCCUCCCCUCCUUCCUUGCGUGCCGUCUCCACUUCCCCAGUUCCCCUCCUCGCUUGAUUCCCGAACCCAAGCAGCGGCGGCGAUGACGCGUGGCGCAACUAACCGCCGCCAUUUUCUAUUCGAUUUCGUGCCGCUUUACAACCACACCUCGCAGCAGGUAGGGGGAGCCCAUAGUUGAAGAAGCAUCCAAUCAUACAUCGAACCGAUCGAAGGAAAACAAAGGGAGAAAGAGCGCGCCGCGUGUAGCUGCGGAUUGGAACGAUGGAGGCGUGCUGCUGCCCCUCGUCGGCGCCGUCCGCGUCCAUCCUCGGCGCCCCCGGCGCUGCACUCCGCCGCCGCUUCUCCGCGUCGGCGGCGGGCGGGAGGGCGCUGGCGACGGCCCCGGCGCGCCCGCUCCGCGCGUCAGCGGUCACGCUGGCCACCGCGCUCGCGCCGAGGCUGGGGCAGCAGCGGCGGCGCGGUGGCGGCGUCGUCAGGGCGGUGUACGAGCGGUUCACGGAGCGGGCAGUGAAGGCGGUGGUGUUCUCGCAGCGGGAGGCGCGCGGGAUGGGGGACGAGGCGGUGGCGCCGCACCACCUGCUGCUGGGCCUCGUCGCCGUGGACAGGUCCGCGGCGGGGUUCCUCGGGUCGGGGGUCCGCGUUGAGCGCGCCCGCGAGGCGUGCCGCGCCGCCCUGGGCAAGGGCGGGCCCGCGCAGGCGGCCACGGGGCUGGCCAUGGACGUGCCCUUCUCGACUGCCAGCCAGCGCGUCUUCGAGGCUGCGGUGGAAUUCUCCAGGAACAUGGGCUGCAACUUCGUCUCGCCGGAUCACAUCGCGCUCGGCCUCUUCACCUUGGACGAUCCCACCACCAACAGCAUCCUCAAGAGCUUAGGAGCAGAUGCAAGUCAGCUAGCAAAGCAGGCACUCGCUCGAGCCCUAGGGGAGCUUGCCAAGGAUGGCAGGGAGCGUGUGGCAUUGCCAUCUUUCAAAGGGCGUGAGAAAUCUACCCCUGGAAGCGGCAAGUCUGCAAUUGUCAAAUACACGUACAAAAAGAAAGAGAAGGGUGCACUAGCUCAAUUUUGUGUGGAUUUGACCAUGCGAGCAAGUGGAGGAUUGAUUGAUCCUGUUAUUGGUCGCAAGGAGGAGAUCAAAAGAGUAGUUCAGAUUAUAUGCAGGCGAACAAAGAACAACCCGAUUCUUUUGGGUGAAGCAGGUGUUGGUAAAACAGCUAUUGCUGAGGGCUUGGCUCUUAAAAUUGCUAAUGGAGAUGUUCCUAUUUUCCUCGUGGGAAAGCGUAUAUUGUCAUUGGAUGUUGCUCUACUUAUGGCUGGUGCGAAGGAGAGGGGUGAACUGGAAGCCAGGAUUACCAGUUUACUGCGUGAAGUGCGGAAAGCAGGUGAUAUUAUUGUCUUCAUUGAUGAGGUUCAUACUCUUAUUGGAUCUGGCAUUGCUGGUAGAGGAAGUAAGGGAGCUGGUCUUGAUAUUGCCAAUUUGCUGAAGCCUGCACUCGCUAGACGUGAAUUGCAGUGCAUUGCAUCUACAACUCUGGAUGAACACCGGUUGCAUUUUGAGAAGGAUAAGGGUUUGGCCCGCAGAUUCCAGCCAGUAUUUGUAAAUGAGCCUAGUCAGGAGGAUGCCGUGAAGAUACUACUUGGUCUGCGUGAAAAAUAUGAGACUUACCACAAAUGCAAAUACACCUUAGAAGGGAUCAAUGCAGCAGUUUAUUUGUCAGCGAGAUACAUCCCUGACAGACAUCUUCCCGAUAAGGCUAUUGAUCUGAUUGAUGAAGCUGGUAGUAGAGCCCGGAUGGAGUCAUUUAAAAGGAAGAAGGAAGAGCAGUGCUCUAUUCUCUCCAAGUCACCAGAGGAAUAUUGGCAAGAGAUUAGAGCUGUCCAGGGCAUGCAUGAAGUGGCACUGAAUAACAGGUUGAAGUAUUCUCUAGAUGAGAGUGACAAAGAGAAUGAUGUUGAUACUGAAGUACUAGAUGAGGGCAAGAUUGCUUCAGCAUCUACACCGCCAACUUCAGUUGAUGAACCGAUUCUGGUUGGAUCCGAGGAAAUUGCAAGAGUGGCAUCAUUGUGGUCAGGGAUACCAGUCCAGAAGUUGACAGCGGAUGAAAGAAAGCUUCUAGUGGGACUAGAUGAUGAACUCAGAAAGCGUGUCAUAGGUCAAGAUGAUGCUGUUGUGGCCAUAUCUAAAGCUGUGAAGAGAUCACGUUUUGGCCUGAAUGAUCCUGACAGACCUAUUGCUACACUACUUUUCUGUGGCCCAACAGGAGUCGGAAAAACUGAACUCGCCAAAGCACUAGCAGCAAGUUAUUUUGGAUCUGAGUCAGCUAUGGUUAGUUUAGAUAUGAGUGAGUAUAUGGACAGGCAUACUGUGAGCAAGCUGAUAGGCUCUCCUCCUGGGUACAUGGGAUUCGAUGAAGGUGGUACUUUGACUGAAGCAGUCAGGAGGAAACCAUUCACUGUAGUCUUGCUUGAUGAAAUAGAGAAAGCUCAUCCAGAUAUUUUUAACAUUCUUCUCCAAAUAUUUGAAGAUGGACAUCUGACUGACUCACAAGGGCGCAGAGUUUCCUUCAAGAACACAUUAAUUUUCAUGACAUCAAAUGUUGGUUCUACAUCAAUUUCGAGUGGAAGGAGGAGCAUAGGUUUCUCGACGCAAAAGGAUACAGUAGAAACCACAUAUGCUGCGAUGAAAUCCCUUGUAAUGGAAGAGUUGAAGGCAUUUUUCCGACCUGAAUUGCUCAAUAGAUUGGACGAAGUGGUUGUGUUCCGUCCUCUCGAGAAGACUCAGAUACUGGCUAUUCUCAAUAUAAUUCUGCAAGAAGUCAAGGCUAGGCUUUUAGCCCUUGGGAUUGGCUUAGAGAUAUCCGAUUCAAUGAAGAACCUGAUUUCGCAGCGAGGAUAUGACAGAAACUAUGGUGCGCGAUCACUGAGAAGGGCCGUCACCCGGCUGGUUGAGGAUGUCAUUAGCGAAGCAAUUCUCUCUGGGCAGUACAAGCCUGGUGACACGAUAAUGAUGGAUGUUGACGCCACAGGGAAACCUUGCUUGAGCCGGCGGAAUGAUCGGACCGUCCAACUAUCUGACCCCGCUCCAACGUUGUGAACAUCACAGCACCCUGUUUAUAGUAGUGGCUUACCCAUUUAUUCUUUCACAAACUGGUAUGCCUCAUGAUUCUUCCGUACAUAGGAUCCACAGUUGUGUGUGUACAUAACUUUCCAGUUGCUGGAAUCUCUACCUGCAUAUAAUGUAAAUCUAAAUCUGAAUCCACUUGUACAUAACUGUUUAAUUCUAAAAGGUGUACAGUAUUUAUGUUGGCGGGUAAUUAUACAUCAUUUGGAAUA